UUCAACAUCGCAUUACAUUUUGCUUCUGUACAACAAAUCUCUAUACUUUACAGUUUACUCUCCCUCUUUAGAAUUUUCAAUGGCUCCCAAGGCAGAGAAGAAGCCCGCCGAGAAGAAGCCGGCUGAGGAGAAGGCUCCGGCAGAGAAGAAGCCAAAGGCCGGGAAGAAGCUGCCAGCGAAGGAAGGCGCAAGUGGUGCAGACAAGAAGAAAAAGAAGGCUAAAAAGAGUGUUGAAACCUACAAGAUCUACAUCUUUAAGGUGCUCAAGCAAGUUCAUCCAGAUAUCGGGAUCUCAAGCAAGGCUAUGGGGAUCAUGAACAGUUUUAUCAACGAUAUUUUUGAGAAAUUGGCUCAGGAAUCUUCUAGACUUGCGAGGUAUAAUAAGAAGCCGACUAUUACUUCCAGGGAAAUUCAGACCGCGGUCAGAUUGGUGCUACCCGGUGAAUUGGCUAAGCAUGCUGUUUCUGAAGGAACCAAGGCUGUGACUAAGUUUACUAGUUCUUAAGUUAAUAGGUUAUGUCGGAAAAUUUGGCAAUUUAGGGUUGUUUGGGGAAUUAGGCUUAGGGUUAUCUGGGAAAUUUGGGAAACUAGUUUUCCUUCUUUCUUUUGAUUUCUGAUUUUCGAUAUUGUAACUAAACUCACUGUUGCUAAGUGAAUGAACAAAUCUACAUUUUGGAUA